UAUAUGAAAAAAUGCCUUCGGCCCCAUUUGCUCUAUGUGUGAAUGUUAAUGUGUGAGAGAAAGCAGAAGAGAAUUGGUUACAAACCAAAUGCCUGUUUGAGCCAGUUUAAGUUUCACAUUUGAAUUACCGUAUUUUUUGCUCCAUAAGACGUACUUUUUUCCUCCUAAAUAGUAAGAGGAAAUGUCUCUGCGUCUUAUGGAGCGAAUGCAUGGUCCCUGGAUCCGACUUGCCCAGAAGUGAAAAGCAGAUCGUGCUUUUUUUUUUUUUAAGAAAGAGGUAAAGGCUAACAAGAGGGAAAGAGAACCCGCUCAGCAGCUGAUUGCAAGAGAUCGGGGAGGGAGAUAAGAGAAGCUAGCUCCCUUCCCAGCCCCAGCCCCUUGCCCAGGCCUCCAUUGUUGUGUUUCCUCAGCGACAUGUGACUGGCUGAUUAGAUUAUCUGUCUGGAAACUGUAGAAAUGGCUCCCUUUCCUUUCCUUUCCUAAAGAAGCUGCAGAACUGUGAGUUGAACUCCAUAAAAACUGGAUCCCCCCCCUUUGCAAGGUAAGCUGCACAACUUUGAGCUGAUGCUCAAAAAAAUGGAGCUUUCCCCCUUUGCAAAAAAAAAAAAAACCUGCACAACUGUGAGCUGAUCUCCCCAAAAAACAGGGCUUUCCCCCUUUCCUCCUCUAAAAAUUAGGUGCGUCUUUUUGUCAGGUGCGUCUUAUGGAGCGAAAAAUAUGGUGCGGACUUAGGAAAUGAAAAAGAACAAAAACAAACCAGUGUUGUGUGUGAAAAUAUCCUGGGUUACUGUUCAAGAAUCUGUGUAGUUUAAACAUUGGUUGUAGCUUUGCUUUUUAUUGGAGCAACUUCUAUUAGUGAGAGUGCCCAAUCUUUAAAAACAACAACUGUAAGAUGCUUGAAAGGUCAUCCAUGAUAACCUACACCAGUUAUUUUUGUCCCCAUUUUUUCUCCGUGUCUUUCCCUGCCUCUUUCUCCCAGAGGGCCGUGAAGAGGCUAAUUAACUGAUUGGGGAUCUCCAUAUAGAUAGAUAGGCACUUUCUAAGUCCUAGGAUACAGUCUGCUAAGGAUAUUAUUUUAUCAUUUUGGUUUUAUGCUUAUUUUGUACAAUGCAUUAUUUUGUUAGCUGCUUUGAGUUCCUCAAUGAGAAAAAGAAGCAUGAUCCAAAUUUUGUAACUAUAGGAGAAACUAAUGUCAGGAAUGGUGUUGCUGUUGAUUGUAUGUGGUGUUCUAAGAAUCAAACCAUUGUUCCCAGCUGGCUGGCAUCAGUGAUUUUCCAUGAAGGCAUUAUUUAAAAUCUCAGGCCACAUAUAAUUCUUUCUUCCUUGACAGAGUCUUAAGGCAAGCAGAUGAAAGGCUUUAUAAGGUGGAAUGGAGAAAAUAUGACAGCUGUAUUCCAAACAUUACAUUAUUGUAGAGAACAGGAAGCACAGCCAGUUUGUGCAUCUAGUUCCUCCACACAAAACAACAGUGAGAGGAGAACCCAGUGAUAUGGAGUUUAUAGUAAUGAAAACUGAUAAUAGAACAGGAGGAAAUGAGACCACAGUAUGCAUUGUCGUUGCUCAGAAAACCCUGUAUAUUUAUAAUUUCAGAGAUCCAGAGAACCCAAUUGAACUGGCGUUUCAGCCACGUUACGGGAACAUUGUCUCUUAUAAAUGGUAUGGUGAUAAUUACAUCAUGAUAGGGUUCUCGCUUGGCUGUUUUGUGGUGAUUUCUACACACGUUCGAGAGAUUGGCCAUGAGAUCUUUCAGGCAUAUGAUCAUAAAGAUAACCUGACUAGCAUUGCAAUAUCACAGUCACUUAACAAAGUUGCAUCAUGUGGAGAUAACUGCAUCAAGAUUCAUGACUUGUCAGAUUUGAAUGAAAUGUAUGCAAUAAUAAACUUGGAGGAUGAAAAUAAAGGUCUAGAUCAGUUGUCAUGGACAGACGAUGGACAAUUGCUGGCAGUGUCUACGAAGAAAGGGACUAUCCAUGUCUUCUUGACAAAACUUCCCAUUCUUGGAGACUCAUACAGCACACGGAUCGCAUACCUCACCUCGCUUCUUGAAGUGACCGUUGCCAACCACAUUGAAAGUGAGCUACCAAUUACAGUUUCUGUGGAAGUUGAGCCCAACUUUGUGGCUAUUGGCCAUUAUCACUUGGCUGUGGGCAUGAAUAAUCGGGCAUGGUUUUAUGUUCUUGGAGAGAGCAGUGUAAAAAAGCUCAAGGACAUGGAAUAUCUUGGAACAGUAGCCAGUAUGUGCCUUAAUUCUGACUAUGCUGCUGCACGUUUUGAGGGUAAAGUUCAGUUGCAUAUGAUAGAAAGUGAACGCUCCAAUACCCAGGAAGAACGGGAAACUAGACUCUUCCCAGAUACAGAUGAUAAAAAUAAAAUUUUGUGCCAUGCUUUAACCAAUGAUUUCCUCAUCUAUGGUACUGAUACUGGUGGUUUUCAGUAUUUCUACAUUGAAGAUUGGCAGUUUGUGAAUGAGUACCGCCAUUCCGUCAGUGUGAGAAACAUCUUCCCCGAUCCCAAUGGGUCUAGAUUAGUUUUCAUUGAUGACAAAAGUGAUGGAUUUGUUUACUGUCCGGUAACUGAUAUUGCCUUUGAGAUCCCAAAUUUCCAGCCAACCAUCAAGGGUAUUCUGUGGGAAAAUUGGCCAAUGGACAAAGGUGUCUUUGUUGCUUACGAUGAUGACAAAAUAUACACAUACAUCUUUCACAAGGAUACUAUACAAGGGUCCAAGGUAAUUUUGGCUGGAGGCACCAAAGUUCAUUAUUCUCACAAACCAUUGCUACUAUAUAACGGAGAAUUAACUUGUCAGACUCAAAGUGGGAAAACCAACAGUAUCUUCCUUAGUACGCAUGGCUUCCUUGGCCCAUUGAAUGACUUGGAACGUAAUGAGCUGAAACUAGUGCUUAUACAGACUUUAGUACUAAAAAGGUUUUCUGAGGCUUGGGAGGUGUGCAAACUUCUGAAUGAUCCUUCAAGUUGGAAUGAGCUUGCCAGGGCUUGUUUACACCACAUGGAGGUGGAGUUUGCGACACGUGUUUACCGGACAAUCAGAAAUGUGGGAAUGGUCAUGUCGUUAGAGCAAAUAAAGGGCAUAGAAGACCACAACCUUCUUGCGGGGCAUCUUGCCAUGUAUACAAAUAACUUCAAUUUGGCUCAGGAUUUAUAUUUGGCAUCUUCUUGCCCAAUUGCCGCACUUGAGAUGAGGAGAGAUCUACAGCACUGGGAUAAUGCACUUCAGCUAGCUAAACGCUUGGCACCAGAUACCAUCCCCUUAUUAUCGAAGGAGUAUGCUGUGCAGCUGGAAUUCACGGGUGAUUAUGUGAAUGCUUUGGCUCAUUAUGAGAAAGGGAUUACAGGCGAUAGCAAGUUCCAAGAGCAUGAUGAGGCCUGCCUAGCUGGAGUUGCCCAAAUGUCCAUUCGCAUGGGUGACAUUCGCCGGGGUGUUAACCAAGCCAUCAAACAUCCGAGUAGGAUGUUGAAACGAGACUGCGGAGCUAUUCUGGAGAGCAUGAAGCAAUUUUCAGAAGCUGCCCAGCUCUAUGAAAAAGGGCAGUAUUAUGACAAAGCAGCAUCGGUAUAUAUCCGGUGCAAAAACUGGGCAAAGGUUGGUGAGCUUCUCCCUCACGUAUCUUCUCAAAAGAUACAUCUUCAAUAUGCCAAAGCAAAGGAGGCAGAUGGCAGAUACAAAGAAGCCGUCCUGGCCUACGCAAAUGCCAAGCAGUGGGACAGCGUCAUCCGGCUAUAUUUGGAUCACCUUAAUAAUCCAGAGAAGGCUGUUAGCAUUGUCAGGGAGACGCAGUCACUUGAGGGAGCCAAGAUGGUAGCCAGAUUCUUUCUGCAAUUGGGUGACUAUGGUUCUGCCAUCCAGUUUUUGGUGAUGUCCAAGUGUAACAACGAAGCUUUCUCGUUGGCCCAGCAGCACAAUAAGAUGGAGAUUUAUGCUGAUAUAAUUAGUUCUGAGGACACCACUAACGAAGAUUACCAAAGCAUUGCCUUAUAUUUUGAAGUAGAGAAAAAACAUUUUCAGGCGGGCAGAUUUUUUCUUCUGUGUGGUCAAUAUGCACGGGCAUUAAAGCACUUUCUGAAAAAUCCAAAUGCAGAUGAUACUAUGGCUAUAGAGAUGGCAAUAGAAACGGUUGGACAGGCUAAAGAUGAAGCUUUGACCAAUCAGCUUAUAAAUCACCUUAUGGGAGAGAGUGAUGGAAUACCAAAGGAAGCCAAGUAUCUGUUUCGGCUGUACAUGGCACUAAAGCAAUACCGAGAAGCUGCCCGGACGGCCAUAAUUAUUGCCAGAGAAGAACAGUGUGCAGGGAACUACCGAAAUGCCCAUGAUGUUCUCUUCAGUAUGUAUUCGGAGCUGAAAACCCAGAAAAUCAAAAUACCGUCUGAGAUGGCUACAAACCUUAUGAUUCUACACAGCUAUAUUUUAGUAAAGAUUCAUGUUAAAUGUGGUGACCAUUUGAAGGGAGCACGUAUGCUCAUUCGCGUGGCCAACAACAUCAGCAAGUUUCCAUCCCACAUUGUGCCCAUCCUGACUUCAACAGUAAUUGAAUGUCACAGAGCAGGACUGAAGAAGUCAGCAUUUGGUUUUGCUGCAAUGUUGAUGAGACCAGAGUACCGUAAUAAAAUUGAUCUGAAAUACAAAAAGAAGAUUGAAGCCAUGGUUAGACGACCUGACACAGCCGAAGCGGAAGAGCCCACCACCCCAUGUCCCUACUGUGAAUUCUUGCUGCCUGAAUGUGAGCUUCUCUGUCCUGGCUGUAAAAACAACCUCCCAUACUGCAUUGCCACAGGACGACAUAUGGUAAAAGAUGACUGGACUGUGUGCCCCCACUGUGACUUCCCCGCCCUGUAUUCAGCAUUCAGAAACUUGUUACAGUAUGAAAGCACAUGUCCCAUGUGUUCAGAGAAAGUUGAGAUUAUGAGCCUUAAGAAAACUGCUGACUGUACACCAUACCUCAAGCCUGAAGUGGAGCAAUGAUUGUAGUCAGGUAAGUGUUUCAACCUUGAGUCUCAUUCUUAGAACUUUAUAGCGUCUUAUGGACUAAAUUUUUAUUUAGUUAAUGUCUAAGGGAGCAAACUGUCCAACUGGUGUCUGGUUUCUCUGGCAGUGAUGAAGGUAUGUGGUUCUUGUUCUGACUUCCUCAUUGAUGACCUUCGUCUUCUUCUAUUUCUGUGAUCACUCGUAGCCGAGUAAGAUUGUCUUCCAUAAACAAGGUUUUAACAGUGAGUCCAUAAGUGACUGUGGAGGCCAAUUCUGGAUCCACACGUCCUUCCACAGUGGAGACAUUGGUUUCCGGGCAGGAGUUGAUCUUGGUGUGGAUUUGCCAAGUGUGCCUUCCUCUUAGCAUGUUUCUCCCUUGCGUCCUGAGUUUGAGUCUUCAAAGCCCAUGACACCUUUGGUAAAGGCUGCUCUCUAUAUAAUCACUGAGCCACCAAAAUAAAAAUUAAAAUGUGGCAUAGGUUUAAAAUGGGUAUACUGGGAAGUUAGGAAUCCUAGGGCUCUACUUACUUCUUUUCAACCAUCAGGUUGCGGUUACUUCUGAAAUGGCAGCAGCCUGUGUUUCAUAUGGCACAGGACAACCAGGCAGGAUGUUUUUAGAUCUUACUGCCAAUGGCAGCUGGCUGAAAGGCUAUGAACGUAGUAGUGCAGUGUUGUCCGCAUCGUGUUGAUUCGGCAGGGAAGGAAUGCAGAGAAACCUCAAGAGCCAUCAAAGAGGUGAUGUGAUUACAGAAUCAUACAGUUGGGUUCUAGUCCAACACACUGCAAUACAGGAAUCUCAAAAAUUUAAUGGAAUAUUUACUACUUUUAAAUGCUAAUAAACAUAUUAGGUAGUUUGUGGUCUUAUAUAGCACUGAGAGGGGAAUUUUAUAGGAGUUUGUUGAAAUAAUGUGGAAACAUAUAAUUUUAAAAGUUUGCCUCUUGUUCUCAUUUUCCCAGAAUGUUGAAUCUAUAUAGUUUGCGACAUCUCAUGUUUUUAGCUACCAGAUUGGUGUUCUCUAAUACAAAAUGUUUAGAGUUAGAACAUCUGUGUUUAUUUUCAGGAGAUAGUGGCCAGCCAAAUGCUGCAACGCUAGAGGAUGCUUCAAAACUUUAAGCCCAGUUGGUAUGGCUAUGCUUGAAAUUAUUUUAUAGUUUAUCAGAUCUGUGAAACUGUAAAUAUUUCUUUUAUAGAAAUUUUGUACUAUGGCCUUUUUGGUUUACAAUAAAUUUUUAAUGCUAAAAAUUAGCCUUAAAUCUAUGUAGCUGGCAAGAUUUCUUGAAGAUGGCAGGGGCAGGGUGGAAGUAUAGAACAGUCGGUGUAAGAUAUGACAAGAAAAAAUUGUUAAAAAUAUGAAAUUAGUUUUAUUGCAACUUUUAAACAUUGCUGUGUUCUCAAAAUGUACAAAAGAGACCAAUCUAUAUACUAUAUAUAUAUAUAUAUAUAUACAGGAAUUGACAACAUAAUAGCUAUUUUUUUAAAAGUAUCAGCUUUGCACAGAUGAAAUAUAGUAAAGGCAACAAACAGGCCAGUGUUUAUUUUUGCUAGAUGUUGCUAACUAAGCCACUGCGCAUACAAAUCAGUAGACAGAGAAUUGCAUUUAGUCCUAUUUAUUCAGUAUAUUACAUAUUUUGUAAUUUGUGUAGUGACGAUAAAAUGACUUAGCAACACCCCCAGCAUAAAGUAACAGUUGCAUAGCUGGUUAGGAGCAUUUGUUAGCACUGAACCAUUUCUUUAGAUUUCUUCUUUGCUUUCCCCUUAUUAACAUCUCUGUUCCUUUUUGGUUGCUUAGCAGUCUUGGUCAUCUUCUGCAGAAAAGAAAAAGUAUUUAAGUCAGAUGGAAAUAUUUCAGUCCCAAGAAAUACUAGCACAUUUUGCAAAUUGCUUUUAAGGUCUCUAAAAGCACUAGGACUGGACAAUAUGGUUUUCAGCAUUGUUAUAUAUCAGCAGCUAAAUGCCGCUAUCCCAUAAUGUCUGAAAUGUACCUUACAACCUGGGGCUUCCUUAAGCUGCUCUGUGUAUUGCCUCAUGAGGGGGGGGGGGCUCUCUUUCCUCCUGGUUGGUCACUUGGGAGUUGUGAGACCAGCCACUUGCAUUGGACUGGGGCAUAGCUGUCAACUUCCGGAUUGGAAAAUAAGGGAUCAGCAGCGGCAAUUUCCGGCAGCACUCGGCAAGCGAGUGAGGACAUUUACGCAGCUGAGGAGCCUCCCUGGCCGGCAGGAGCUGCUUUCUUAUAAAUCCGGGGGAUUUUCGGGAUAUUUUGCAAUUCGGGAUAACAGCAGAAAUAUGGGGGUUUCCCGCGAAAAAUGGGAGGGUUGACAGCUAUGGACUGGGGGCCGAUACAGUGGAGGGGGGAUGUGCUGCGUCUUUAGCCUGGUCAGUCACCCUGGGAAUAAAGACGCAGUCCACCCUCCCCAGGCAAAAUCAGCCAGGUGGCAGUAGCCAAGCAGGUGGAGCCUGUAAGGCUUUGGUCUCAGAGUUUCCCUCCACCUUUGCAUGGGCAGCUUCCUCCCAGGAGAAAGAGGUAGCCCACCCACCGAGGGGCACCCAGCUGCCUGUGCCCCGGGGGGGGGGGGGGGCUAGAUCAACCAAGAAGCAGGCUUCCUUAAGCCACGCACUUCUCAACCCCACCCCCGGUGGGGGCUUCAUUAAACUGCUCCACUGCAGAGCAGCUGAAAGAAGCCUCUUGCAGUUGAAACAGCUGUGUUCCUCUGGUGGCAGAGGGACUCAGGAGCAGCAGCUGUCUCACCUGCGAUACACCACCGGAUGAAGCAGCCAACAUGGUCUGGCCCAUGUAUCAAUAUAUCACCCAGGCCAAAAAAGCACACAUUUCUUUUUUAAAAAACACCCCUCCUCCCCAAGGGAAGCUGUAAGGAAUGAGAAAGUAUGAAGGGAUAAGUUAACCAGAACAAAUAGAAAUCCCUAAGCUACAGCACUGACUAUUCUUCUGUUAAAUAAAAGUAUACCGGUAUUUCCUGUAAUACUUCCCUGCUCACACUUCUAAGUUCAGUGAAUAUAUAGAAAGGAUGGGAAUUAAAACCAAAUGAUUAUAAGGAAAAUUAUACAGAUGAAAAUAAUGUCAUUAUACUUCAUGCCAGAAAAUCAGAGAGUUUCUAUUGGUAUAUGCAUAAAUUGCAAGGUUUCACAACCGCAACACUGCUAGCAUGACAAAAUAUGGCAACAUCUCUUCAGUAAGGAAAAGUGGCAUAUGAAGACAUCAACUUGCCAGUUUUCAGAGAUGUUAUACUACUAGUUUGCUUUCAGUGAGACAAACCACGAUCCUCCUAGGUCAAGGGUCCCCAAACUAAGGCCCAAUCGCCUUCUAAAUCUGGCCCAUGGACGGUCCAGGAAUCAGCAUGUUUUUACAUGAGUAGAAUGUGUCCUUUUAUUUAAAAUGCACCUCUGGGUUAUUUGUGGGGCAUAGGAAUUUGUUCAUAUUUUUUUCCAAAAUAUAGUCCAGCCCCCCCACAAGGUCUGAGGGACAGUGGACCGGCCCCCUGCUGAAAAAGUUUGCUGACCCCUGUCCUACGGGUAGGUCUAGAUCAGGCAUCCCCAAACUGCAGCCCUCCAGAUGUUUUGGCCUACAACUCCCAUGAUCCCUAGCUAACAGGACCAGUGGUCGGGGAAGAUGGGAAUUGUAGUCCAAAACAUCUGGAGGGCCAAAGUUUGGGGAUGCCUGGUCUAGAUGUACUGUAAACUAUUACCCCUGGUUUACCAUGAUAUGCAAAUAAGCCCACUACUACAUUACUCAUAGUUGGUUCCCCACAACAUCUGCUUCCAUGGGAAAUGGAACAUGUUCCCAUGGAAAUAUACACAGUGCGCAGUGGAACUGCAUUCCAUGUGUCUGUCGAGAAAUGCAAAGGUCUGAGAUAACUGGUAUUUCCCACUUGCAAAUCUUCCCUGAAAAGUCUGUAUGGAUUAUUAAUUUUCACAUAACGUUUUCCACACGUACACCUCCAGAGGAGUAAUUCCAAACGCUCUUGUGGAAAGCAAACGUUCAAAGACUACCCUCAGCUUCCAACAUUAUGAAAACAUGACAGUAUCAGGCUCUAAUUUAUUUUCCUGCUAUGAACAAGUCAUCUGUUGCAAGCCAGUGUAUGUGGGGUUUUUGUUUUUUGUUUUUACUAAGGAUUUAAGAAUCAAGGUGUCUGAACACUUUGAUGCAAACUUCAGACAAAUCACUUUACUGGUGUAAACAAGACUUAAUAAGAACACACACUGGCAGAUGACGGAAGCCUUGUGCAAAUCAUUCCCUGGUUUUAUUAAACCUUUAAACAUGGUUUGAUGUCCCCUGGCGUUUAACUGCCCUGCCAGCCAAAACAUGUUACCUUAAUCAUUGCAUCAUUUUCAAUAGUCUCCUGCUCGUUCUCAGAUGGGAUUUCUUCAGCUUCCAGUUCUUCAUCCACCGACGAUCCUGCUCGUCGAUUCGCCUUAUGCACCACUUGCAGAGAAUAUGGUGUAAGGUGUGCCUCUUUGUUAUAGGCUCGUGUGAAGGCAGAUUUAACCUGCACACAGUAAAGGAAAGAUCUAGAGUGAGGCCCUGAAGUCUCCCUGUGGCCACUUACCAGCUGUGAACAGCAGUUUUGAAGCAGCAUUCUGGGGAAUUCAGGAUUACCUUAAGGGCAGGCAGAGAAGGUUUUCUGAAAAGACAGCUUUUCCAUUACUGCUGAUCUUUUCAAGUAAUGUGCAAUUGCAGAAGGCAGGUGUUUGGCAGCCUUCACUCAGUUCACAUGAAGUAAUGGAGUCCAACAACCCUGAACACCAUGCCUUAGAAUCCUCUGCAACACACAGCAGUUGCAUGAGAAGAUGGAAUGAAAAUCCCCCAGUAAAACAAAACAAGGGUAGAACAUUUUGAAGAGAAAGGGAGAUUUCAAUUUUCAAUGAGAGGAGGAGGAAAAGGGUCCCAGCCAAGGAGAGCAGUCCAAUGUCAAGAACAUUUCCUCAGGAUAAAAAUCAUUCAUGAGGUGUUUAUCUGACCUGGGGUGAAUGGGAGCAGAGUUGGUGGAUGGAUCCAAAGCUAAAGUUGUUGGAGUGCAGCUACACUACCCAUUUCCAUUCUGUCAAACCUGUCUCCUUUCUCAGCCAUAAAUAUCCCAUGUGCACAGCAGUUAGACUUGGAAAAAGGUCCCAUUUAUGGCUAGGGCAGGGCUAACCCUCCCACCACAAUUGGACUUUUUGUAAGCCUACUUGUUGUGCGCAGGGGAGAGAUUGUAGGCUGGAUCCCAAAUGUGCUGUGGGCCACAUCUAACCCAUGGGCCAGUAUUUCCUCAUCCUUGAAAGGGAAUAAAAUCUCAAGAAUAAACACUCACUUUUGGGAGGCUUCCAAAUACUGAUAAACUGGCCUAAGUAUCUGAACACGUGAGCUCUAACCCACAUAAACCGAACCUUGCCUGUUACUAUCUUCCUUAGGCCUUUCUGCUCGCUCUUUCUUCUUUACCUGCAAGGGCCUGUCUCAUGUAUCAGCCAAACCCAAAGAAUACCAUAUGGGCAAAUCUAGUUGACUUCUGAAGCAGUCGAUUAAUUGGCCCACUUACAACCUUAUUUGAAGAACAAGAUCUAAACAUUCCUUAAAAAAACCACCGCUUAUAUAAUCAGCCUAGCGACUAAUACCAUGCAAAGGCACUGACUUCAGCUAGCUGAGUGCCUUUGUAUGUUAGGAGAAAGAUGAGCAAUACAUCCCCUGGUUAGUGUGGAAGGCACCCGGAAGCAAGUGGGUAACUCCCUAUAUGGUUUAGGCUGGGGGACGUAACCCUCUCUGCCUUUGAUUCUCCCUUCACAUCUGCUAGAAGGAAUAUUCGCAGUAAGUAACCUGUGUUCCCAGUUGGCAUGCAGGAGGCACAGAGGGUUAAAUCCCCCAACGACACAUGCCUAGAUAGUGCAAGGAAAGUUCACUCAUUUCUGGAUGCCUCCUAAGGUAAAGGACCCCUGGACGGUUAAGUCCCGUCGAAUUAGACUAUGGGGUGCAGAGCUUAUCUUGCUUCAGGCCAAAGGAGCUGGCGUUUGUCCACAGACAGCUUUUUGGUCAUGUGGCCAGCAUUACUAAACCACUUCUGGCACCACAGAACACCGUGACGAGUGCCAGAGCGCAUGGAAAUGCAGUUUAUCUUCCUGCUGCAGCAGUACCUAUUUAUCUACUUGCACUGGUAUGCUUUCAAACUGCUAGGUUGGCAGGUGCUGGGGCAGCAACGGGAGCUCAGCCCGUCAUGUGGAUUUGAGCUGCCAACCUUAUGAUCAGCAAGCUCAAGAGGCUUGGUGGUUUAGGCCACCCGCAUCCCAAGGAUGCCUCUACAUGCACCAAACACAACAUUCACAGCAAAUACCUGAUGUUCCAUUUUGAAAUAGGUUGCCGGGGGUGGGGUGGGGAGACGUAUGAGAAUCCUAUUUAAGGAAGCCCGUAAAAUGCUUUUGGCAGACAACAAUCCAUGUAAGAGCAACUUACCUUGGAAUCAACUUUAGAAAAUUCACUAGGUUUGCCUCCCCAACUGGUUACUUCCAUUAUGCUUUCAACAUCUUCCUUCAUCAAGCAGUAAGUAUCCAUAAAUGCUACAGCAUCCUGCACUCCAUCUGUUCCCAGGCAAGUCAAAGGUUUCACAAUUGCAUCUCGUAAGUAUGACAAAUAGUCCAGAUUUACUGCUCUCUUGCUUGCAUGUGUCCUAUAGGGAGGGAGAAGAAGCAUUAUGUGGGUUUCCCCCUAAAGCCUUUCUGAAGGCAGAGAGGCUGAUGCUUUGCAUACAGGCAAUCUCAGGUCCCAUCACUGCCAUACUCUAAUGAACAUCACUUUGGGGUUGAGGUACAGCCAUACUUCCAGACUAGUAUAAAGCACAUGUAAGUUCAUCUGAAGGGCAAAACAGAGGCAGGAGGGUGUGCUUAGCAUGUUGGAAAGUACCUAUGUGCCAAGCAGACAAUGCAGCUCGAGGGUCUACCGAUAAAGGUGAGGAGUCGUGCAACAGGACCUUCCACCCAAAGAAUACUCUAAACCAGAAUUGUUCUGCCCAUCUCACAUCUGCCCAAAGGACACCAAAAAUACUAUGAAAGCAGCAGUCCAUCUACCCAACAAUGUAACAUGUUUAAGAUCUACCUCGCAGAAUGGAAAUACCAGUUUAAUGCAAAGUCAAGAGAAUGUGGGUACUAAAAAAAAUGUUUAAGAACUUAGCAUGUUGACCCAUUUCCUGUUGAUAAAUUGUGUUCUGUAGAAUUCUAAUUACAGAAGAUUAUACGAAAUGCUUUGUAGGUUUCAGUAACCAGCAGUAAAAAUGAAUCUCACAUUCUAAACCUUUGGCAAUUUGAUCACUGUGGCCAUGUUUACACAAUUAACAACAACCCAGUGACGUAGAUUAAAAGGCUGUGACUGGCCCAAGGUCACCCAGUGAGCUUCAUGAGUGAGUGGGGAUUUGAACCCUGAUCCCCAAGGUCCAAGUCCGACACUCUAACCACUACACCCCCCUUGCUUCCUAGAGUCUGCUAUGGAGCAGCUAUAUAAAUUAAGUAGGUAAAUAAAUAUGGGGAAAGCAAAAUGUCACUUAGAGAAGGAUCUGAAGCCAUUUGGCUUAUAUAUCUGAGUUUCUAACACUGCCCAUACUGGGGGAAUUUGUAACACGGGUCACCAGGAUUACCUGAGGCUCAUGUGCAUCGACAGCUCUUGCAUGAUACGGUCGUGCUUUCCUGUUGAUGAAAAUUUGCCCAGCCAGCUUGGGAAAUUUGGGAAUUGUUUCAUGUAGCCUCUCAUCAGCUCCCCGGGCAGGACACUUGAAUAAA